AAAAAAGGUGCAGGCUCCGGUCACGGUAUCGCCGAAAUCAAUGGCCGCCAUAGCUCCAAAAAUCACUCAGAAGCUAAAUUUCCAGCCGGGAGAUACUGUUUUCAAAAAUCUCGAGUCCCUAAACGUUAACGACUCGGUGUUGAUAACGCAGAAGACGAACUCGCGCCCAGUCAACACUAAGGCCAAGCAGCCCGAUCUCAAACUGGCCGACUAUUUGGAAAAUAUACGACUUAUUGACAUGUACGUUCCGGAACCCGAGCUAAACUUGAAAUUCGAUCGGGAGCCGUUCGAUUUCUACGGCGCCUACAUGCAGAUUUAUCAUUAGGUUACAUUUUAUUUUAAAUACAUGCGAAUCCAGUUGUA